AAUAUUCAAGCAAAUCUACCUGUGGCACCAUGGUAUAACAAACUGAAAAUGGCCAGUCGCGACUUUAUUACGACUAUAAACAGAUUGCGUUUUGGUCACUCCACCGUCCCGGCCCACCUGGCUAGGUUGGGCAUAGUGGCGAGCAGCCACUGCACCUUCUGCAAUAAUCCUGUUGGUGAUAUCGAACAUUUCAUAUUUGUAUGCGAGUGCUUUUCUUUUGACAGAUUGAUUCUUGUAAGUGAAAUUAAUGACAUAGAGAAAAAUCAAGUGAUAGUGCAAGAUCCCUCCCGCCGCCUGAGUGAUAUGUUAAAAAAUAGAUCUUAUUACGUGCCUCUAUAUAAAUUUAUCAAAAAUACAGUAGGAAAAUUAUAAUAAACCAAAUAAAACUACUCAAGACUUGGCCUAAAGGUCUAGAUACCAGGCCAUAAACUCCAAAAAAAAAAAAAAUAACUUGUAUUAAGUGUUUUGGAUCGCAUAACCUUAAAACACUGUUACAGUAACAUUAUUUAGUAUCGUCAAAAUAAUUAUUCUCUGACAAAGACCAUCUCAAAAUUAAUUAACAUGGAUUCGACAAGUAAACCAUUUAAUAAGAAAAGAAAACUAAAUCGAAUACAUUCAAAAAAUGGAAAAGUUAAGAAAUUUAAAUCAGAAGUGGAGACUAAAAAUACUGAUGGUAAUAAUGACUGUAAUUUGUCUAAAGAUGUUGAAAAAAAUAAAAAUAAAGUCAAGGUGAUCUUAUCUCCUGAAGAAAUUAACAAACAAUAUCCAAUAUUAAACAACAGUGAACUUGUGAAAAAAUUCCUUGAUGUGCCAAUGACUAACAAUCAAAAGGGUAGGAUUCGACAAAUGAUUCGAGAUAGCUUAAAAGGGACAACAGAGAAUCCACUCCCAGAUGUUAUUCAUGGAAAAAUGCAGUCUUUAAUAAAGUCAUCCAAAGAAUUAACUGAAGCAGAGUUACGAAAAAUUCGCAUUUUAUUUAAUAUGCUUAAAACUUCUCUUCAACAUGGUAUCGAAGAAAAAAAGCUGAAAAAGGAAAAACCAAAGGAUAAAACAGUAGAAUUAUCCAAAGAAAAGAUACAAAACACAACCAGCGAAAAAGAACAAUUAAAUGAAAAUGAAGAUAAAAGCAUGACAGCUAAAAGAGAACAAAAAGUUAAGGGGCCCAAGCGAUAUGUGGUUUUUGUGGGUAAUUUACCUGUUGAUAUUGAAAAAGAAACUAUCCUACAGCAUUUUGCCGACUUGGGGGAUAAAAUAGUGGAUGUUAGGUUGCCUAAACAAGAGGAGGGUAAAAAGAGUUCCAUAGCAUAUGUUGAGCUUAAAGAUGACCAUAGUUAUGAGCUAGCACUAUCUAAGCAUCACUCAAUGUUGGAUAACAAGAGAAUCAAUGUACUAUAUACUACUCAGAAGAAUAGCAAAAUAAGUAAAAGUGAAGCUAAGAGUACAUCGGCGAAAUUAGUAGCCUUACAAAAGUCUGGUAAACUGAUUGGCAGUGUCCCUCUAAAUAGAAAAAGAAGUCAUAGAAGAAAUAAGGCUAAACGUGCGCGUGCUAAAGAAGAAGCGGCCAUCAUAAAAACCUGAUUUAUUAGUUUGGUUAUGAACUAACAAUAAAAAUAUUAUUUUAUGUUGA